UCCAUGGGGCCGCGUGUGGGCUGAGGGAAAGCGGGAGGCGUCGCCGCCGCCGCCGCCGCUGAGGGAAAGGCGAGGCGGUCAAAGCCCAGCGAGGAGGCGCCUCAGCCGGAGACGGGCGGGAAGGCACCGACGGACCUCGGCCCGCGUCGGUUCUCGAGCGCCCCUCCGCCCUGCAUGGAGCGGCACCGCGGAGGAGGCGGCGGGCGGGCUCGGGAGCCGCCGCUCAGCCAGGAAAGAAGCCGCCGCAGCCGAGGCUGGAGGAGCCCCCCAGCCCGGGAGCUCUGAGGGGAGGUGCGCGCGCAGCCCCCUCCGCUCUCCCCCUCCCUCUCCGUCGCCUGGCAACGGUGGCGCAACGUGAAGAACCUUUAUGAGAUCCAAAUGUCUACUUGGUGGAUGAUGUACCUUUGGUAAUUAAGGCCAACAUGGAUUCAUGCUUCCUUCUCGUCCUGCUUAGCGCCUUCCUGACAUGCUUAGCAGCCAACAACAGAACCACAGUGCCACCCUCGGCAGGUCCUCCCACGUCCACGAGCGCCCCGGGAACCACCAAGACGCAGCCGGGUUCCAGGAAGGCCAUGACUCUCCCCAGCAGGAACGUGACUUCUCCAACACUUGCUCCUCUCGUGGCGUCAGGCCACACGACCCCCGCAGCCACAGAACCCUCGCCUACCACGACCCUCAGCACAUCAGGAACAGAAGCUACAACCACGAGGCUUCCUGUGCCCACGUCUGGGACUACCUCCCUUCCGCCAAACAUCACCUCUUCAAGUUCCUAUGGGAUUACGACGAGCACAGACACAGUGCCUAUGGAGACCAACAUCACAGAAGUGCUAACGACUUCGAAAGCCUUCGACACCUCGGGUGGAAUAACGAAGGGCACAGGUGAUUCUGAGGGAAGGCGAGACGAGACGCCGAUCAUAGCUGUAAUGGUGGCCUUAUCCUCCUUGCUAGUCAUUGUAUUUAUUAUUAUUGUCCUGUACAUGUUAAGAUUCAAGAAAUACAAACAGGCCGGGAGCCAUUCCAACUCUUUUCACCUGUCCAAUGGCCGGACAGAUGACACAGAGCCCCAGAGCAUGCCCUUGCUCGCCAGAUCGCCAAGUACCAACCGGAAGUACCCGCCACUGCCAGUCGAUAAGCUGGAGGAGGAGAUCAACCGACGAAUGGCAGACGACAACAAGCUCUUCCGCGAGGAGUUCAACGCUCUUCCGGCGUGCCCCAUCCAGGCCACUUGUGAGGCCGCCUCUAAAGAGGAAAACAAGGAGAAGAACAGAUACGUAAACAUCUUGCCUUAUGAUCAUUCCAGGGUUCACCUGACUCCUCUUGAAGGGGUUCCAGACUCUGAUUAUAUCAAUGCCUCAUUCAUUAAUGGGUACCAAGAAAAGAACAAGUUCAUAGCAGCACAAGGACCAAAAGAAGAAACUGUGAAUGACUUCUGGCGAAUGAUUUGGGAGCAAAACACAGCAACGAUCGUCAUGGUGACCAACCUGAAAGAGAGGAAAGAGUGCAAAUGUGCUCAGUACUGGCCGGACCAGGGCUGCUGGACCUACGGGAACAUCCGAGUGUCCGUAGAAGACGUGACUGUCUUGGUUGACUACACGGUGCGGAAAUUCUGCAUUCAGCAGGUAGGCGACUGCCACCAAAAAAAGCCCCAGCGCCUGGUGACGCAGUUCCACUUCACCAGCUGGCCCGACUUCGGGGUCCCCUUCACGCCCAUCGGGAUGCUGAAAUUCCUGAAGAAGGUGAAGACGUGCAACCCACAGUAUGCUGGGGCCAUUGUUGUCCACUGCAGUGCUGGCGUUGGACGGACAGGAACUUUCAUCGUCAUCGAUGCCAUGCUGGACAUGAUGCUCACCGAGAGGAAGGUGGAUGUUUACGGGUUCGUGAGCCGCAUCAGAGCGCAGCGCUGCCAGAUGGUGCAGACAGAUAUGCAGUACGUCUUCAUCUACCAAGCCCUUCUGGAGCAUUAUCUGUAUGGAGAAGAGCUGGAGGUGACCUCGCUGGAGAUCCACCUCCAGAAGAUUUAUAACAAGAUCCCAGGGACCAGCAGCAAUGGAUUAGAGGAAGAGUUCAAGAAAUUGACUUCCAUCAAAAUUCAGAACGACAAGAUGAGAACGGGCAACUUGCCAGCCAACAUGAAGAAAAACAGGGUGUUACAGAUAAUUCCAUAUGAGUUCAACAGAGUGAUCAUUCCAGUGAAGAGGGGAGAAGAAAACACAGAUUAUGUCAAUGCUUCUUUUAUAGAUGGCUAUCGCCAGAAGGACUCCUACAUCGCCAGCCAAGGCCCCCUCCAGCACACGACAGAAGACUUCUGGCGGAUGAUCUGGGAGUGGAAGUCCUGCUCCAUCGUUAUGUUGACAGAGCUGGAAGAGCGGGGUCAGGAGAAAUGUGCCCAGUACUGGCCUUCUGACGGCUCCGUGUCUCACGGGGAUAUCACCGUGGAGCUGAAGAAAGAGGAAGAGUGCGCACGGGUAUGAGACUUGUUAAGGCAACAGGUGGAAGGCCCCGAAAACAAAAGCCGACAGAUCCGACAGUUCCAUUUCCACGGCUGGCCGGAGGUCGGCAUCCCCUCCGACGGGAAAGGAAUGAUCAACAUCAUAGCAGCUGUGCAGAAGCAGCAACAGCAGUCCGGAAACCAUCCCAUCACCGUCCACUGCAGCGCUGGAGCAGGACGAACAGGGACCUUCUGUGCACUGGGCACAGUUUUGGAAAGAGUCAAAGCAGAAGGGAUUCUGGAUGUCUUUCAGACGGUGAAGAGCUUGAGGUUACAGAGGCCGCACAUGGUCCAAACACUGGAACAGUACGAAUUCUGCUACAAAGUGGUUCAGGAAUACAUCGACGCCUUUUCAGAUUACGCCAACUUCAAGUGAAAGCAAGAAGAGUUUGCCUCCUUUAAUACUUUGUAAUAUUCUGUUUGUUAAUAGCCCCGUCCCCCCAAAAAAUGUGUAUAUAUCUUAACUGUUUUAGAGGGUUGGUACCAUAAAAUUCCUAUUAGCAGGAGAUUUUUAUAUGUAGCAGAAGUGCUAGAAAAGAGAUUGUAGGCACUUUUUUCCAAUGUUUUAUUGGGGAAUUUAAUAGCGUGAUAUUCGGAUUAAUAUUGUCAAACCUCUCUUCUGGAGAGUUGAUGCAGGCUGGGUUUUUUUUUUUCCUUUUUGGGUUUAUUUUUUUGUUGUUGGCUUUUUUUUUUUUUGGUAAAUAUUUUUUUUUUCCUGGAGGGAGUAAAGCCUUUUUAAAAACCAAACAAUAUUCUGGAUACAGCUGUUUCUUUUUUCUUUAAGUCAAAGCAGCGGCUCGUAGGUAGCGUUUUUGAGAAAAGAGCCUUUCCCGUCCCCGCCACUUCAAAAGUGGCUCUAUGUUUUCUGGUUUAACACAGAAAAAUAGCAACACGAGUGUAUAGCGUUGGCCGUGCUGGCAGGGGCUGAUGGGAAUUGUAGUCCGUGAACAUCUGGGGCGCCAUAGGUUGGCCAAGCCUGCACCCCCCACCUUAAAAAGCCACCCUCGUUCCUGUGCUCUCUUCUGCUGGGUCUGGACCCCCUGUUGGGGAUCAUCUUUAAAGGGAAGGAGGGGGGGCACACAGACAUCCAAGAGUUGCAGAGGACGAGAGAAACCCUGUUCAGCUUGUUGUCCAGCCAGGACUUUGUGGACUGUGCUCCUCCUCCUCCCCUCCCCUCUGAGAGCAGCGAAGCUUCACUGCCUUCUCCAGCUUUCCCACUUUAACCAGCAGCUCUUUCCAUCUCUGCUACCAGAUGCCUAAAUCAGCCAAGCUCAGCAGCUACCUUGUCUUUGUUCUUAAUCGCUCAUGUUGCACUGUUUCUACUCCCUAUCUCAGCAAUGCAGGGCUGGUUUUCCAUGCAAGAGACUUCCCGGGGAGGCCGUUAAGAGGGCACUGAUGUACUCACAAGAGUGCUCCUGUUGCUCCCGGGCAUCAGCAGCACAAGAGGCAGACGGCACUGUCUCCCGGAUCUUUACUUGGCUACCAAUCUUGAUCUUGGCUACCAAUCUUGAUCCUCUUUGAUCUGAGAUUGCAAAUGCCUUAGCAGACCAGGUGCUCGGGAGCAGCAGCAGCAGCAGAAGGCCAUUGCUUUCACCUCCUG